AUGGCUCUUCUUUCUUUCGCCCUGUCUCUACAAGACCAUGCGUCCUUGUCUAUAUUUACAAUAUCCUUCAUUUUUGUCUCUUACGUGUUCUACAUGCGAUAUCUCCAUAGCUUGAGCAAGUUUCCUGGGCCUCUCCUCGCCUCCCUGACCAACACAUAUAAGGCCUACUAUGUCUACAACCUAACUCUUCAUGAGAAGCUGCUCGAGCUGCACACGAGGUACGGCCCCGUCGUUCGCAUUGGACCCAAUCACCUCCAUACCUGGGAAGGAGAGGCGAUCGCACCGAUCUACAAGGGCGGUCGGAAUAUGGGCAAGACCGACUUCUACAACGCAUUUACGGCAUUUAACCCGAAUCUGUUUGGUGGUACUGACGAGGGAAUACAUUCCCUCCGCCGGAGACAACUCUCGCAUGGCUUUUCCCAGGUCUCGAUCACGAAACUCGAGCCCCUCAUUGAAAGCCAGAUGAAGAUACUCAUCGACAAACUACAAAAGUGUGCCGAAACAGGUGAAAUCGUCGAUCUAAAACAGAUGCUGUCGCUAUACGUCCUUGACAUCCUUGGAGAGGUAGCUUUCAGCAAAUCAUUCGAAAGUCAAGCCAACGGACAUGCCGAGGAACUAGAUGCGAUCAACGAUCAUCUACUCUUGUCUGGUGUUAUUGGCGAACUACCUCUGCAAGAUUUCUGGAAGACGCUCUCCAGACUUUCGCCUAUACCCUGGAUGCGCCGAUUGAUGAAGAGCCGAAACAAUCUCAAACGAGUCUGUGGCGAGUGUGUAAAAUUCAAAAUCAAUAAUUCGUCUGAUAGACCGGAUCUUCUGAGAAGCCUUGUAGAGGCUGUUGAUCCACAGAGUGGAUCGAGGCUCACUGAACAGGAAAUCAAUUCAGAGGCAUUUGCCGUUCUGGUAGCAGGAUCACAUUCCACAUCGGGGACUCUGACUCUUCUCUUCUGGCAUCUUGUCCAGAAUCCCGAGAUCAUGAAUCGUGUAUACGAGGAAAUCCAAGCAGUCUUGGGUCCUCUGCCAGGAGACCGUACCGCAUACCCAAUCACAGGCAUAGAAGCUUCCCUGGGUUAUACCAUGGCCUGCGUCCGUGAAAACUUCAGACUAAACCCAGUCUUUACAAUGCCACUCUGGCGACGUGUAGGACACGCUGGCGGUGUUCAAAUUGGCGAGCACCACAUCCCACAUGAUACGAGCAUUUGCAUUUCAAACUAUGUCCUCCAUCACAACCCCUCCAUUUGGGGAAAUGACCACGAUACCUACAAUCCUACCCGCUGGUUGGACGAGAAGUAUCAGAGUGAAAAGAGUCGUUUCCUGAUUCCUUUCAGUAUUGGGCAUAGAAUGUGUAUCGGAAAGAAUCUCGCGAUGACUAACAUUCUCAAGACUGUCACUACAUUGCUGAGCUUGUUCGAAAUCGAGCCCGUUGAUAAGAAGCAAGGUGUUGCGGUUCGGAGCUCAGGGAUUGGUGAGAUGGAGGGCGAUUUUGCGGUCAGGGUGCGGAUGAGGGCUUCAUAA